UGUCACGUGACACACGUGCUGUUCGCGUCACGGAAACACAUGGUGGACCUAGUCUGGAUUUCUUAGUUUAAUGUUUUAAAUCGGUGGGAUGAAGGUUAAAGUGCUUUGCAGAAACCCGGACGACUAUGUCCGGGAAACAACCAGAGAUCUACAGCGAGUGCCCAGGAACUAUGACCCGACCCUGCACCCCUUUGAGGUGCCCAGGGAAUACACCAGAGCCCUGAAUGCCACCAAACUGGAGAGGGUGUUUGCCAAACCCUUUGUGGCAUCACUGGAUGGGCACAGAGAUGGCAUCAGCUGUAUCACUAAACAUGCAAAAAGCCUUUCUACAAUCAUAUCUGGAGCCUGUGAUGGAGAGGUGAAAGUGUGGAACCUCACUAAACGGGAGUGUAUGAGGACUAUCCAGGCUCAUGAAGGGUUCGUACGAGGAAUCAGCUCCCGCUUUUGUGGCACCAGCUUUUUCACGGUGGGAGAUGAUAAGACCAUCAAACAGUGGAACAUGGAGGCACCAGGAUACGGAGUGAGAGAGGAACCAAUUAACACAAUUUUGGGAAAGGCUGUGUUCACGGGCAUUGAUCACCAUCAGAGAGAGCCGAUGUUUGCAACCUGCGGCCAGACAGUGGACAUUUGGGAUGAACAGAAAAGCAGUCCCAUCCGAUCUUUCAGCUGGGGAGUGGACAGCUUCAGCUGUGUCCGAUACAACCCAGUGGAGACUGAACUUCUGGCCAGCUGUGCAUCAGACAGAAGUAUUGUCUUAUAUGACAUGAGAGAAUCUACGCCACUCAGAAAGGUCGUCAUGCAAUUGAGAAGCAACACACUUUGCUGGAACCCAAUGGAAGCGUAUUAUUUCACCUGCUCCAGUGAAGACUACAAUCUUUAUACUUACGACAUGAGAUGUCUAGAUGUUCCUGUAAAUGUGCACAUGGAUCAUGUUUCCGCCGUGCUGGAUGUGGAUUAUUCGCCCACAGGAAGAGAGUUCGUAUCGGCCAGCUUUGACAAAACCAUUCGCAUCUUUCCAAAGGACAAAGGUCACAGCAGGGAGGUGUACCACACGAAACGCAUGCAGCAUGUCAUCAGCGUGAGAUGGUCGGCCGACAACAAAUACAUCCUGAGUGGCUCGGAUGAAAUGAACAUCCGGUUGUGGAAAGCCAAUGCCUCGGAGAAACUCGGCGUGAUGUCAGCCCGAGAAAAAACUGCCGCGAACUACAACAAGAAGCUAAUAGAGAAAUUUCAGCACCACCCGCAAGUGAAGCGCAUCGCCCGUCAUCGCCACCUGCCCAGAGACGUCCUGAAGCAGAAGAGAGAACAGAAGGAAAUGAAAGAUGCCAGACGCAGGAAGGAAGAAAAUGUACGCAAACACAGCAGGCCAGGAACUGUUCCCGUGGUGCCAGAAAAGGAGAAACAUGUGGUGGCUGUAGUGGAAUAAAAGAUGAUUUAAAGAGGUGGUAUCGGAGGAAGGGUGUUUGUGGUCCACACAGAUGUGUUUCAGACUCUCUCUCUCUUUUUUUUUUUGGAUGUAUAUGAACUUUUCGCAUACUGAAGCUGUUAUGUACCAACAUAUCAGUUUGAUACAUACAGGGUAUAUUUGGUGAAUUUCCACAAACUUUUACUACAAACAUGAGCAUGGCUGUUGUCUCACAUUAUUGUCUCACAUCAGGUAAAUAUUAUCAAUGAAUGAUGCCAGUUAUAGAUUGAACUAAUUCUUUCUUCAUCUGUCAAAAACCAAUAUGAAAAUACCAAAUAAAACAUCACUGAGUAAGCACUGCAUAUGCAUUUUUAGUGUAGCUUGCACGAUUGCUUCCUUCUAAUGCCUUAUGUAGUACCUUGUAACAGUUUUAUAAGUGAUAUGUUUUUCUGUAUUUUUUAAAAACUUUUUACUUGUUUGUAGUGAUUGUAAUUGUUGGUAAGGUAAGCUGUGCUUAUCUUGUAAAAGUUUAAUUGUGACAGUGAUAAAUAAUCCACUCUUUACCUCUUAAAUCCAUAAUCCAAUCAUCUCAAUCCGAUCUCAUUUAAAACUCAGCUACAGUCUGUGCAUCCCAAAGAAUCUGAGGGAAGAUUGUUUUGCGUUCAUUGGAUAGGACUGUUCGGUUGACAUGAUGAAAGUUUUUGAUAAAUGUUUUGUUAGUAGUAGUAGAUGAUAAAUAUUAGUACAGGACAGGAUAUUUAUUCCUUACAGCAUUGUUUUCAUUAAUUGUAAUAUUAAAUGUGUUGUCUGCCAUAUGGUUAUCAACAUG